AUGGAACAUAAUAAAAUAUUGCUUGUUUAUGAGAAUAACGAAAUACUUCUCGUUAACUUAGAUAACGAAAGGUGUGAAAACAGAUUUGAGGAGAAAUCUAUAAAAGAUGACGAAAAGAAAAUAUGUAUGCUUAAAAACGGAAAUUUUCUUAUUUUAAAUGCAAACAAGAAAAUUAUAUCCUUAUAUAAGUUAUCUACAAAAAAUAGUUCAAUUUGUACGAGAUAUGUACGUGUGCAUUUAAAUGUACUUAAAUUAACAAAAAAUGAAAAAAUAAUUUUUGGAGGUGACAAAACAGGAAAUGUGUACAUAUGGUCAGCUAUUACAGGAUUAUUAAUAAAUUCAUUUCAAGCACAUUUUGGUAUUAUUAAAGAUAUAUUAAUUGAUCAAACAGUAAAUGUUAUAUAUACAUAUAGUGAUGACAAUAUUAUACAUGUGUAUAAUUUACCUGACUUGUUUAGAAAAAAAAAUAAAAUAAAACCGAUGCUGUUUUAUCAACACAAUAUAAAUUCAAGUAUAAAACAAAUUAUUUCUGUAAGUCCAAAUUGUUACGAUACCUAUUACACUUUAAUAUCUUUAACAAGUAAUGGAGAGAUAACUAUUUGGGGGUUAAAAUCAAAAGAAGCUAUGCAUGUUUUAAAAACGAACACAGAAAAUUGCACAUACGUAUGUACAAAUGACCCAUUCAAUACACACAUAUAUUUAUGUAAAGGAAAUAAAAUAUAUCGUAUACCAUUUGCUAAGAUCGGCAAUUAUGGGGAACAUAAGGAGAACAAUUGCAGCAAUGUACGAAACAAAUGUGAUAUGCGGCUUACUGAAUAUAGCGAUUAUGUACAAAUAAAAAAGGGAAGAAAGAAGGAAGAAAAAAAGGAGGAAGCAAAGGAGGAAGAAAAAGAAGAGAAUAAAAAAGAAGAGGAUAUUUCUACAAAUGAUGCUCCUCCAAGGGAUCCUUCUUCAAAUUUUGACCAAAAAACCAUUUUAAAAAAGGAUAGUUCGAAUGAAUUGCGCUUGAAUUUAAAAAAUUGUACAGUAUUUAUAGGUCAUAAAAAUGAUGUUAUCAAAUGCUAUGUUAACGAUAAAAAACAAAUAAUGAUAUCUUUAGCUAAAGAUGGAAUAAAAUUAUGGGAUAUAUAUAAUUGUUAUGCUAUAAAAAAUUUGAAAUAUGGUGAGAAUAUAGCUAAUUUUUAUAUACCAACAUUUAUAUGUUCUUCGUAUUUAAUAGACUUUCCAAAUUUGCUUGUUGAAUAUGAGGAUGACAUAAAAAUAAAUAUUAUGAAAGAGGUGAAUCAUAAUAUUUCUCAAACACCUUGUAUUCCUUUUUUAAAUCAAGAUGAAAAUAUCUUAAUUAACAUGGCAACUAUGUUUGCAGGGCAUCAAAUUUGA